UUAAACCCGGUGCUUUGGUAAAAACCCAAUAAACACCCAUAAACUCCCAUAAUCACCCAAAAAAAUAGGUUUUUACGUAUUUUUUUGAAAAUAUGUAAGUAAUACCAAUAAAUUAUUUUUAUAAAUUGUAUUGAUCAAUUCUACAAUAUUAAAUAAAACGUUAACUAAUAAUAUUUCAGGAAAUUUUAAAAAUCUAUAUAUAAUAAAAUGAAAGUAAUUAAUUUUCAGUGUUUUCAUGUUGCAGUUGAUCAACAUGUUGGCCUUUUGCUUCCCGUAGAUACUUUAAAAUUUCUUCAUAACACCUCGUUCGCACACAUGGCCGUAUAUAUUUAAAUUCUUGAGCCACUAACAGUCCGAAAUACUCAUUUCUUUUAUCCUCUUCUCCAUAAAUUAAGCAUUUAGAACAGUUUGUUUCUUCUUUCAGUAAAUUUUCUUUUACUUUAUCCUCGUUUUUUUCUUUGUUGCGACGACGCUGGGUAAAUCAUCUGGACACUGGGUCUCACUAUCGCCAAAUAUAUUUGGAGAUCGGCUUCGGCUACGGCUUGGCAGACAUUUUUUUCUUUCUACAAUUUUAAAUUAAAUUUAUUAGAAUAAAUGCUUCGAACACACGCGAUCUAAGUACCUUUUGUGUUUAUUAUACCUUACCUACCUAGGUAUAAAAAGAGUACUUACGUAGAUUUUCUUUUAUUAACUGUUUUAUACGAAGAUCUUGAUCUCUCAAAUUAGCAUCCAUUUUACUUCCAGUGAUUAUCAACUAAAUUAAUAAUCCACAAAGUAUUAAAUAACGUUUUUAUGAAAUAUUUAGCACAAAAACAAUACCCUUUAAAUAUCGAUCGUCAGUAACUGUGGCUGACUUACCUAUAUUCUAGCAAGCAGGACUGCCAGAUGUGAAGGGGAAAUCCCCAAUAAAUUGUUGCAUGUGACUGAUGAUGUGAGCAUGUUCGUUUCAUAAUAAAAAUGUUGCCAGGUAACCAAAAAGUCGUAUGUUUUUGUGCGAAUUACGAUCAUAAUCUUUACGAUCGUACAUUAAAAAAUAGACAAAUAAUAGUAUGAGUACGAUUUAAAUCGUAUAUCUGUCAACCCUGCUAGCAAGACAGCGACAAAAUCACGUUGCAUAACAAUGUAGCCCAAGCUUAUAUCUUAUGAAAUAUACGGAAGAGAUACGGACUUAGAAAAAACAGAAAUGUUGUUCUUUGUGGAAGUCAUUGAUGAAAUUCUAUGUAUUUUAGCCCGCAAACUUUCUUCAAACAAAAACAGCGCCAUCUAGUAUCGAGUUCUGUAAUUAUCUCUUUGUUUAUGGAUUUGAAGUAAGACCGCCACGCAUGCAAUACAUUAUGACUGGGGAUUCCCCUAUUCGUCGACGCUGAAUAUGAGGCGACGACAAUCACUGUCAAACGUGUUCACUAUUACUCUGACUCUGGUAACGUGACUUCCUGGUAACGUGUUAGGUAGGAAAAGCAGUAAAAAAGUGCAUAUUAAGGGAGCAGAUUUGAAAUAAUAUUUAUACUUAACAAGAAAUAAUUAAAGGUUCAAUGGGGAGACCUAAAGAUUUACGCAUAUGGGAGCACUACCGUACUUUACCAAACAAGUCUGUUUCUUGCAAGCUUUGUAAUAAGGUCUACAAAUUCAGUAAUGCUGCCAAAAUGCUUCAACAUCUUAUCACUUGUCCAAAAUCUCCAGAAACAUUAAAAGACUCUAUGAAACUUAUAAAAGAUAGCUCGUCCAAAACCAAAAUGUCUGGACUGUCAGAGAUAGAGACAAAUGAUUCUUUUAUAAGCCCCUCGUCGUCUGCUAACACUACAAUAAAUGCUGAGUUUCAAGACACCGAUGAUCAUAUAAAAACAGAAUUAGCGAGAGCUAUAUUUGUAACAGGGACGCCAUUAUCGAUGGUGCAACAUCCUUUAUGGAUACAAUUUUUCGAAAAAUUGCAACCAAAAUUUAAAAUACCUUCACGUAAAGCUUUAGCGACAAAAUACUUAGAUAAAAUAUAUAGAGAAAUGCGUUUUGAGUUAAAUGAGGAACUAAAUGCUUGUAGUUACUUACACCUUCAGUGCGAUGGCUGGUCUAAUUUAAGAAAUGAAGGAAUAAUAAACUUUCUUAUAUCAAAACCUCAACCUGCAUACGUUAAAAGUUUGAAUACAGAAAGUAAUCCUCACACUAGUGAAUACCUUAGCCAAGAAGUUGAAAAAGUAAUGAAAGUGUAUGGAGCAAAUAAGUUUCUUGUACUUAUUGGCGAUAACGCUAGAAAUAUACAAAAGGCAUUCGAAUUAACAAAACUCAAAUAUCCACAUGUUGUUCCUCUCGGUUGCUGUGCACAUAUCCUUAACUUGUUGUGCCAAGAUAUUGUAAAGAUACAAGAAGUAACUGUGUUUAUUAUGCAAGCCAUAAAUAUAAUAAAAACUGUUAAAAGGAGUCAACGAUUAAGUUCCUUGUUGAUAAAAUCAAGGCAGGGUGAAGAUUCUACACAAACACUAAAAUUGCCUUGUGCUACAAGAUGGGGAAGUCAUGUUACUUCGUUAAAAAGUUUGAAAGCAAAUAAGAUAGCUUUGCAAAUAUUAACAGUUAGAGAAGAUGUGGUAAUUUCAAGAGAUAUUAAAGAUUUAAUUCUAAGUGAUGAUUUCUGGACGAAGACAGGGGAAUGUAUAAGUAUUUUGGAACCAGUCACUGAAAGCAUAUUUUACUUAGAGAGCGACCAGAAUCGUUUGCAUCGCACAUACAUUACAUUUAGAGAUGUACAAGCUAAGAUACGUUUUGCAUUAAAUGAGAUUUCGACAUUGAGCGAAGAAAGCAAACAGCAGAUUCUAACAUCAGUAUCUUCAAGAUGCAAUAUGGCAAUGAGGCCAAUACAUUUUGCAGCAUAUAUUCUAGACCCCAGGACUCUAGGAGUCGAACUUACUCAAGAGGAAGAACUUAAGGGUAUGGAGUUUAUCUACAAUUUAAGCCAACACUUAAGUUUGUCAAAUGUAAUGGCAGAUUUGGCGUGUUAUAAAGCUAAAGAAAACUUUUGGGCCAGAGGAUUUGUAUGGAGCUCAUUAGAUAGCAUUGAGCCCCUAAUAUGGUGGAAAGGUAUUUGUGGUUCCACUGAGUUAAGCAAAGUAGCGAUUCGUAUUCUAUCAGCUCCCUGUACUUCGGCAGCCACUGAGCGUUCCUUUAGUAUCCAAGGCUACAUACAUAAUAACAAAAGAAAUCGACUUACAACUGAAAGAACUGAAAAAAUUUCAUUCAUUUGUUAUAACUGGAAUCUUAAACAUAAAGCUGAAUGCGAGGACAUUCAGUUUAAUGAAGAAAAUACCUUAGAAGCUUUCAUUGAGCAAGUAAAUGAACAUAACAGUUUAGACGAAAUAGAGCCUAUCGAACCUAUACAAUUCAUCGCUUGUAAUAACUCUGAAUCUGACAGUGAUUGACUGUAGUUUUACAUUUUACUUUCAUCUCUUUCUUAAUAAACUCAAAAUCAAAUUAAAAGUUUUUUAUUCUGUAGGCUGCAUAAUAAUAUUGUCUAUGUCCAGUAUAGUGGACGUCUUGCGGCUGAGAUGACGAUGAUGAAGUACAAAAUCAUAAACACCCAAAAAUUUGGGUGUUUAUGGGGUUUAAACCCAAUAAACCCAAAACACCCGGUUUUUACCCACCAGACUUUAAACCCACCCAGGUGGAUUGCCCAUCUCUA